UCAUACGAAUAACGACAGGAUUCACAUCGAGCGCGCAGCCUGUCAAAGCGUCUCAAAGUGGUAGCCACGCAACGAUCAAUCCUACGUCGGAGCAACUGAGGUACGAAAUCGUCCCGAACGUUUCAAAUAUGGUUUCAUACGUCUGGCGAUCCCAGUGAUCUCGAAUAAUUAUUAUGAAUGCCGUUAUUUUAAUUGGGAUAUUAUGUUUGGUGGGAUUAUGCACCGGCACUAUAUCACCACGUACAGGAAAGAGUAGAAAAGGCAAGGGGAAGACUAACAGUAAGUUGCACAAAGGUCCUGUGGAUCAAGAUGUUUUCCAGAGAAAUUUGGUGGUGGAGAAUCCCAAGCAGCAGGAUAUACUUUACGAAUCUGGCGGAUACUUCCGAGAUACAAAAUACAGAAGAUUCAAGGCCGAUGUUCUAGGAUAUGUUACACCUUGGAAUGGAUAUGGAUUUGAGAUCUCGAAAAUAUUCCAUGGCAAGUUCACCAUGGUGUCACCAGUGUGGUUGUCGCUUCCUUUUGGCAAUAUGUCUACCUAUCAGUUGUCCACUGACGCUGUUCAGACCAGGUGGAUAAAAGAAAUGAGAUCCAAUAAUAAUGCUAAUCAUAGCGUGAAACUUAUACCCAGAAUAUUAUUCGAACAUUGGUCUAUGGAUGAUAUUAUUCGAUUGUACAGUAAUACGGAGAGCCAAGCUCAGUUGAUAGUAACUCUCUUGGAUGCUGCUCAGACCUUUCAUUUCAACGGAUACGUUUUAGAAAUAUGGAACCAGUUCAUAUUUGCAGGUGCAAAUUUGCCAGUUGUUACUUCAAUAGUCAGAUCUAUUGCGCAUAAGCUAAAGAAAAAUAAUGUGGAUGUUAUAUUAGCUGUACCACCGUCUAGAGGCUCACAGGUUGAAUUAUUUUCAAAGCAACAGUUCGACGAACUGGCACCGUAUAUGAAAGCCUUUUCGCUUAUGACUUAUGAUUAUUCAAGUAUUCAGAGGCCAGGACCAAACAGCCCCAUUGAUUGGGCUAGACAAUGUGUGGAGCUAUUAGUUCCAAAGAAAGGCGAUCCUAAACGGUCUCAAAUUUUAUUGGGUAUCAAUUUCUACGGUUACAAUUAUACACCAGAUGGCGGUAGAGCGAUUCUUGCAUCAGAAUAUUUGGAGAUACUCAAGUUAUUCAAAGGGAAGAUUCAAUGGGACGACAAGAGCAAAGAGCAUUUCUUCGAGUCAAAGCUAGCUAUGGGCAAUGGUUAUGUCUUUUAUCCUACGUUAUAUUCGAUUAAGCAUCGAUUGGAUCUUGCAAAUGAAUUAGGUACAGGGAUCUCUAUUUGGGAACUAGGUCAAGGAUUGAACUAUUUUUAUGACCUACUAUAAAUUAAAUGUGUUCCAUAUAGUUUCUUGUCAAUUUGUAUAAACAGUUUUUCUCUUGAAAACUAAAUGUAUAAAUACAUGUACAGGGUGACGCACGAUAUGAUCCACUAUUUGUCUUCGGUAUGUGACAGCAAACAAAAAAAACUAAUAAAAAAUUGAAGUCCUUUUUAAGAAAAAAAAACAUCGAAUUUGCGAUAAAAAUAAUUUUUCCAUGCAAGAAUCUUAAUCGGAAAAUGAGGUUGUGAACCUCUUCUCGCCAUUUCUCAUUUAACUCGAUCUAUUUUGGCAACAAAUAGCCGGAAUGUUAUUAAUUUAAUAUACCUAAAAAUAAAGACUGUCAUCUUGAUAGUGUCAUUUUUGCUGAAGUUACAGUCCGUUAAAUAGUGCCUAUUUUCAGAAUAAAAUAAAGAAUGUUUAA